UUCACAGACACCAAGAACAAACCUCACUUCCACCAAAAACAAUUACUUAAACCAACCAAAUCAAACUUUUUAUCGUACUUGUAUAUAUCCAAAAACCAAUCCUCAGCCAUCACCAAUCUCUUCCUCCUCCUUCCUUGUCUCUUUCCCUCUGAAAUUGUUAUGGAUAAUCCUUCAUCUCCACCCGAGUUAGAUUCCGAGAACCUCAAAGCCAUUAAAAUCCUGGGCGAAGGAGCCAUGGGCCGUGUCUUCCUCGUGCACCACACAUCUACCGAUCCCACUGCUCGUUCUCCGUUUGCCCUCAAGGUUGUCCAAAGGUCCCAACGUGAUGCUGACCGUCGAGCCCGUUGGGAAAUGGAGGUCUUGACCAGGCUUUCCUCUCCCGACCCUACUCUUCACCACCCGUUUCUCCCUCGUCUUUUGGGUCGCUUUGAAACUCCCGAGCUCAUCGCCUGGGCUGUCCCCUACUGCUCUGGCUCAGACCUCAACGUCCUUCGUCACCGUCAACACGACCGCGUUUUCUCUGCCGCUGUCAUCCAGUUUUACCUGGCUGAGAUCCUCGGCGCUCUCGGUCACUUGCAUUCCCUGGGCAUAGUUUACCGAGAUCUCAAGCCUGAAAACAUCCUCAUUCAACGCUCAGGUCACAUCACUUUAACGGAUUUCGACCUUUCUCGCUACUUAAAGAAGAAGCAACUAUCACAUACUGAAACUGUAUUACACGACAAAGAGGAUCCGAAUUCAUUGCCAGUCAUUCCGGUUCCACGUAAACAUCUCCGAAACUUCAUCCGAUGGGUCCCCGUCGUAGCUGAUGACAAACAUAGCAAAGCUUAUAAUAAGAAACCGAAACCAUCCCGAGUCAGCCCAGUUAGUCGGAGAAAGCUCAGUUUCUCAGACGGGGAACGCUCCAACUCUUUCGUGGGCACCGAGGAAUACGUCUCACCUGAAGUAGUACGCGGAGAAGGACAUGAAUUCGCCGUCGAUUGGUGGGCUCUCGGGAUCCUGACCUACGAGAUGCUCUACGGUACGACACCGUUCAAAGGCAAAACCCGCAAGGAGACGUUCCGAAACGUUUUGUACAAAGCGCCAGAGUUCAUGGGACCACGAAACGAUCUGACUGAUUUGAUCGGACGGUUAUUAGAGAAGGAUCCCAAAAAAAGACUCGGAUAUCAGAGAGGCGCGUGCGAUAUCAAGGAGCACACGUUCUUUAAAGGCGUCAGAUGGGACCUCUUAACGGAGGUGUCGCGGCCGCCGUUUAUUCCGUCAACUGAUGAGGGCGACUCGACGGAGAAAGUAAUUCCAGGACAAAUAGAUAUAAUGGAAUAUUACGAGAGUUUGAAGACUCCGUUACCUAUUCAACAGUCACCGUCGCCGUCACCUUCUUCAUCGGAGCAUAGACGAAACGAUUCUUUCAGGGAGUACUAACGCACGUGUAAGGGUCAGUUAGGUAAAUUACUUUUAAUUUUUUUCGCUUUAUAGGAUUAGUGUACAUAAAGUAAGGGCGGCAACGUGAAAAAUGGCGGGGAUUAGUGGUAUAAAGCAGUAAUAAAUUUGAAGUGUGAUAUA